AUGAACAAUGAAUUUACAUGUUUCUUUUAUGGUACACUUAUAUUCCCACAAAUAUUAAACCGUGUUUUAGAGAAUGGAAGAAGCAACACGGAAAAACCUAUUAAUAUCAAAGAAAGUGUUUCCGCGGUAUUAAAGGGUUAUAAACGACAUAAAGUUAUUGGAGCAGUUUAUCCCGCUAUUUUAAAGGGAGAUGAUUUAAAAGAUGAGAUAACUGGUGUUUUACUUGGAGGUUUAUCAUCGCAAGAUAUAGCUAGGUUAGAUAACUUUGAGGGUUCUCAAUAUGAGAAAAAGAAAGUACAAGUAUAUGUUGAUAACAAUCUUAUAGAAGCAAUGACUUACGUUUGGAAAGAUUCUCCUACCUUGUUACAUGAUGAAGAUUGGAACCCAAAAGAUUUUGAAAAACAACUUUAUAAAUGGAACACUACUGAAGAAGUUUUGAAUUUGUAA